AUGAGUUCUAUCAGACCAUUCUCAGCCACUGAUCUUUUUGAGCUCAAUUCGAUCAACCUAGAUCCACUCACUGAGAAUUUCUAUCUUUAUUUCUAUUUACAAUACCUGUCAGAAUGGCCUUCGCUUUUCUAUAAGAUAGUUUCCCCAACCAACAACGUGCAGGGCUACAUGUUGGCUAAAACAGAGGGUAAGGGUAAAGAUUGGCACGCUCAUAUCAGUGCUGUCACCGUCAACCCAAACUAUAGACGGAUUGGACUUGCCUCAACAUUAUGCUCUUCGCUAGAACGAUUUACAGAGAACGAGCCGUAUGAAGUAUACUUCAUAGAUCUCUUUGUGCGGUGCAACAAUAAGCUGGCAAUUGUGCUCUAUGAAAAGCUGGGCUACUCAGUUUACCGUCGGGUUGUGGGCUAUUAUGGUGACUACGAGAGCAAAAUGAACAGAAACAAAAUCGACGACGAGAUUGAUGCUUUUGAUAUGCGGAAGGCUUUGAAACGGGAUAUAAACCGAGAGUCUGUGCGUGCCGACGGAAGAAAGUUCAAUGUGCUUCCCAAUGAAAUAGUGUUUUAG